CGCCCCCGGCCGCGCCCCGGCGCUUCCCCGCCCGCCGCCGCCGCCGCGCCCGCAGCCGCUCCCGCUCCGCACCGCCAUGUCCGCCGAGCCGGCCCCGGCCUCCGCCGCCCCCGAGCCGGCCCCCGGCCCCGAGCCGCCGACGGGCGGCGGGGAGGCGGCGGAGCACCGGGCGCUGGUGCUGACGGCGUUCGGCGGCUACGACAAGGUGAAGGUGCAGGCGCGGCGCGGCGCUGCCCCGCGGCCCGGAGAGGUCUCGGUGAGCGUCCGCGCCUGCGGCCUCAAUUUCGCCGACCUGAUGGCCCGGCAGGGGCUGUACGACCGCCUGCCGCCGCCGCCCGUCUGCCCCGGCAUGGAGUGCGCCGGCACCGUCCGCGCCCUCGGCGACGGCGUCCGCGACCGACAGGUUGGCGAUAAGGUGAUGGUCCUGGCUAGGUCGGGGCUCUGGCAAGAAGUGGUGAAUGUGCCGGCCAGUCACACCUUCCCCAUGCCCGAGGGGAUGAGCUUCGAGGAAGCCGCUGCUCUUCUUGUUAACUACAUCACUGCCUACAUGGUUCUGUUUGACUUUGGAAACCUGAGACCCAACCAGAGCGUCCUCAUCCACAUGGCUGCAGGUGGUGUGGGAACUGCUGCCAUCCAGCUGUGCAAGACUGUAGAAAAUGUCACCAUUUUUGGCACAGCAUCUGCCUCCAAGCACGAUGUACUCAAGGAGAGCGGGGUUGCUCACCCCAUUGACUACAGAACGAUGGAUUACGCAGAGGAGGUCCGGAAAAUCUCUCCCAAAGGUGUUGACAUUGUCCUGGACCCGCUGGGAGGAGCUGAUACAUCCAAAGCUUUUAACCUGUUGAAGCCGAUGGGCAAAGUCAUCACUUAUGGUGUAGCAAACCUGCUCACUGGGCAGAAGAAGAACCUCAUGGCUAUGGCUAAAACCUGGUGGAACCAGUUCAGCAUCACUGCCUUGCAGCUCCUGCACCAGAACAAGGCUGUGUGUGGCUACCAUCUCGGAUAUAUGGAUGAAGAAGUUGAGCUUCUCAGAAGCGUUGUUACCAAGCUGGUUAACCUGUACAGUCAAGGCAAAAUCAAGCCCAAAAUAGAUUCUGUUUGGCCCUUUGAUCAGGUGGCAGAGGCUAUGAAGCAGAUGCAAGAAAAGAAGAAUGUUGGAAAAGUCAUCCUGGUUCCUGAAGCACCCAAGGAAGAAUCCAAAAAAGCAGAGAACUAAGGAGAAGAGAUGUAUGCAGAUUAUGAAUUCAUGGUUCAACUCCCUGAUCUCUUUGGGACCUGGAAAUGGACAGAUCAGUAUCUUCCAUCUUUCACCAGUACAAGAACAUCAUGGUUGUCAUUCAGAUGAGGUUUGCAUGCUCUUGUUGUGACUGACCCUUUGCCAGAUAUGCCUCCUGCUCUCUCUUUUGAAGCCUGUUUAUUUCAUACUGUUUUCUAACCACUUAUUUCUCCACUGAAUUUCCAGACUAACCUUAUUUUUCUUUGGCAGUGAGGCUGAAGCUUCCAAGCAGUUGGUGACUAACAGCUGCACAGCCUGUCACUGUAAAAUCACAGCACAAUGUACUGUAACAACUGCCAAGUGUCUCUGCAGAAGCUGAGCCCUGCUGCAGCCUUUGCACUGUCAGCUUUGGGAAGCCUGUUCAGCAGAGGAUUGGCCAAAUGUAGGAUGUUUCCUCCACAGCCAAAGAAAAACCAAAGCAGGCCUAGUUUAAUUUGAGCAGGGGUUUCUCUUCUGUUCACACUAACCCAGCUCUAUUCCCUGUGCUUUUUGCAGACCACUAACACAGCCAGACAGUAACAGCUCAUGUUGGUUUUGCCUUGGCCAUCCUGGCAAUUUGGAGUCUAUGUCAUAUCAUUCUUCAUUUGCAGUCACAGGCUGGGCUGGGCUAUGUCUGACUACAGAAGAAAAGUUUCAAUGAGCUAACCUGAUCCUGUCCAUUUUCUAUUUCCAAAUUGUAUGGAGAGAUCUGAGCAGUGUCUGAUCCUUAGAGACCUUAAGGACUCAACUGUGUCUCAAACAACUGGAACAAUUCAUGUUGGCUCUGUGCUUUAUUAUGUUGGGCUCCAAGUUGACAUUGUUAGGGCUUCACCCCUUGUCUUUAUAUUUCCAAGUAUUGAAUUGGACUUCACUGAGAUGGAAACAGUCUCCUGUUAAUGCUUUGUGCAGUGCACUGAGGAGGUGUUGCUGGUCCUGUGGGCUGCCUGCCCAGUAGCCCGGGCUGGCUCUCCCUGUGGCACACUGGUUGGUAAAGCAGUUGCCAGGGUAGCAGUUAGAUGAUAAACAGCCCAGCUGUGUGUCAAGCCUCUUGACCUGCACAUUCUGAGCAGUUUUCCAUCGUGUCCUCACUCAUUUGCUGCUGCAGGGCUUGGCUCUUUUCCCCUGAAUCUGUCUUGGGGUUCCAAGUGCUGAGGGUUCAGGAGCUGCCUGGGAUGCUCCUCUCUGUACCAGAACUGUGUUUCUCUUCUGCUUUUCUUUCCUUGUGUGCAUUUGGAAACGGAGCUGUGUAGAGACCCAAGCCCAGCUCUGUGAGCACCCUGAGUCCUGGCUGAUGCUGUCCUUCCCACUGGGCCCUGCUUGCAGCCCUGGGCAGCUCUGGUGCUGUUGGUGCUCACUUGGCAUGGAUUGUAGGUGUGGUGGGCUUUUGGGUUUCAUUCUGGAUUUGAAAUGGGCACCAAGAAGAGCUGCCCAUCAUGGAAGAUCUCGUGCUCCAGAAGCAAAACCUUGACACUAGAAUCCUGCUUAACUAGCCUGCUUAACUAGCCCACAGGGAGGGCCCAGGGCCCAAGGAGGGCAGGUACCCGCUGGGCACAGGGCUGGGCACACAACAGAGCCCACCCCACACAGGGCUGGGGUUCCUCUCUGGCUUCUCCCUCAGCCUGCUCAGUGGGACUCCUGUCUCCAGCUUGUGUUUCAGGUGCUUGGGCUCAGUCCAGAGUUCUUUAGCAAUGCAUAGGCACAGCUUCCAGGGGUCUUGCCCUAGCUAAGUUUAAAUAUUGCAACAACCUUGUUCCCUACAACCUCAGAGGAGUGCUGGAGUCCUCUCACAGAUCCUUGUCAGUUCAUCUCUUGAACUUCAUAAACACAGGCUGGUGGAACUCUCAAGCACAACUUUUUACCUUUCUGAAUCCACAAUCUUGCUGCUUCUUUCAGCCUGCCCUGUCAUGCUAAUUUAGAUUGAAUCCAACAGCAUCUAAUGCUACUUUACCAGGUGUGAACACAGAAGGACUGUCUAAAUUGCUGAAAUGGAAAAUCUGGACCCGUUCCUGUGAGAAACUGGACUUCACCUUGAUGACAGGGCAGCAUGCCCCAAAGGCACACAACCCUGCACAUCUUCCAGCUCUGCUCCAUUGUAAAAGGGAAAUUUUAUGGUGUGUUUCACAGUAACAUCCUCUCCCUGCUUUAUUCUGAGCCAGUCUCGUGCUCAGUGCCUUACGUGGAUGGCCUGGGGUGUGGCAGGGCUCUCACAGCUCCCUCUGCCCUGCUGCCUCCUGUGCCCCACGGGAAACAGCACCUCGGUGCCUUCUGCUACAGGACCAGGAAGUCACUGGGGCCUUUUCCAUUCCGGCCUUUCAAAGUAUUGCCAAAACCCUGUUUUAACUCCCAUUAGCUCUGUUUUGUGAACACUGGUGAUGUCGUUGGACUUUCCAUGAAUUAGUUUUCUCUCCCCGGCUGUUCCAGCCCUUUCUGGGGCUGAGCUGGUGGUUCUGUACCCCCCCAGUCCAAAAGUCCUGUUGUAAAGUCCUUGUCUCUCCCAGGUUUGGCUCCAGAGUCAGCCUUGAGUGAGGCUUUAUCAGCUGCCCCAGCCUUGACUCUUUGGAAACAAUCUGAGCUCCCGGCUCUCUUCGGGCUCACGUGUUUUCUACCUAGAAAUUCCUGGAGCCCUUAUCAAGGCAGGAAUGCCAGGCAGUUACUGCCUGUUGGAGUUCAGCACUGGCUAUUUUGUGUCUCUUGGUAGCCACUGUGUUUUCUACAGCAAGCCCAAGGUUAAAUGUAACCUUGCCAUCCUCCACCUCUGCUCAAGGCUCUGCUCUAGGUGGGUGUGGUUGGUUGUGUUUUGGUUUUUUACUUUUCUUUUUUACGGGCCAAUAAGUAUAGAACCUAUGUCAAACAACUUUCAAGUGUCUUAAUCAAGUUAACCAGCGGGUUUGUAUACUAAGGACCAAAGCAUAGAAAACCAAAACGAAACCCUAGGAUAAAAAUCAUUCCAUUCAAUGUUGCUUGUUUAGGGCAAAGUUGUGCUACUGAGGAACUGGGAGAUUCCCGUACUUAAUCAUGUGUGCCAUUCCAGAAGUGCAAUUUAAUGUUUCUUUUACUGAUUGUCUGAGACUCAAAGGUUGUGCCAUGAGGAGUCCCAAGUGGAAGUGGAAGGGGCUGAUGAGGGGAGGGGGCACUCACAGCCCUGCCUGCUGCGGGGGGCUCAGUGAGUGCCUCUCCUGUCAUUGCUGUAGUGGCCUCCCAGCCUGGCGCUGCUGACCUUGGACAAAGUGCAACUCCUUUGCUGUCACCAGGCAGCAGUUGCCACAUUUUUGACUCUCUGGUUCUCUGGAGCUCACUUGUGUUGUAGAUGACUGCAGGAGGGGAAGGGAGCAGAGGUGGCCACCCCUUGCACUGAGGAGUGUGGCCCCUGCCAAGUGCUCUGGGAAGGAGUUCAGCAUCAUAUUGUGUUUCAGACACCUGUAUUAAACUAGAAUUGAUUGGCCAGGGAGGAGUAAGAAGCUGUGUGUGUGAGGCUUCAGCUGGUGCAGGAUCCUGGCCUGCUGACAGCUGCUAUCAUAGGUGUUAAACCACUCUGGUUGCCUGCAGUCUCUGGUGUGCUGAGCCCUCGUGAUGGCAAAGUGUUAUUGGCAAGUAGUACAUGAGCAUGAUGUGAAACGUGUUAGACUCUGAGCGAGCCUCUCACAGCAUAUGGUCUGGUCUGUACUGUCUGAAUUGUGUUGAUUUGCAGAUUUGUGAUAUGAGUGAUGCUCAUUCUACAGACACAUAGCAAAUCUUUUGUUUAAAAAAUGUAUUUCGCUUUGUGCGUGUAACCAAGUUGGACAGAAGACAACUGCAGCACUGCUGUUUACAUGACUCCAAUGUGUACUGCUCCUCUGUCAAAUGUUACCAUAUGCCUUAUGUGUUUCAAAUGUUAAUUAAAACCAUAACAAAACCUUC